CGUCCAAUGCCUGGCUAAGAGGUUAUCUAGACUAAGGCGCUAGUUCAUGAUGUCAAAAGAAUCCAUGAAGAAUUUCCGGGAUGGACGUUCGAGGAAUUUUAGAUAACAUCGGCUUGUGUUGGCCAUGUGUGUGUAUCUGUAUCAUACGACUGGAGAUAGAUGUAGGUGACGUCGACGGCCGGUCGCGCAGAUGGCUGCCAUCACGCAAUCUGUGCGGAUCAUGGUGGAAGAAAUUGGGGUAGGUACUAAUAGGGGCCAUCUUCAACAACGACAUCUGUCAUUGAAAAGUAAUGACUUGAAUUUGAAAAUUCCAAAUUGAAAUCGGAAACUUCAAUUAAGUAGUGUAUUACUCUAUUGUUCUAGAGUCUAUCAGCACCUAAAAAUGGCAUCAUCCGGUGACGUCGGGUCUGAGGCCCAGAAGCCCAAGAAGCAGUUUUUGCUGAACGCCUUCGUGAUGACAACACCCGGGCAUCUGUCGCCGGGUCUGUGGAGGCACCCGAGGAACCAGACAGACCAGUACAACAAGCUGAGCUUCUGGAUUUCGCUUGCGAAGCUGUUGGACGAGGGCGGGUUUCACGCCAUGUUCAUCGCGGACACGCUGGGGGCGUACGACGUGUACAAGGGGCCGGCGAACGUGGAACCGGCCCUCGCGUCGGGUGCCCAGUUCCCCGUCAAUGACCCGUUGUACACGGUGCCCGCCAUGGCGGCCGCGACCAAAAACCUGGUUUUUGGUGUGACGGCGUCGACGACGUACGACGCCCCAUACGCUAUGGCUAGGCGUUUCUCGACAGUGGAUCAUCUGGCUGAGGGGCGUGUUGCGUGGAACAUUGUCACGUCCUACCUUGAGAGCGCCGCAAGAAAUUUUGGGCUGGAAACGCAGAUUGAGCAUGAUGAGAGAUACAGGAUCGCCGGGGAGUAUAUGGAUGUUGUUUACAAGUUAUGGGAAGGUAGCUGGCGCGACGACGCUGUGAUCCGGGAUCGUGCCAAGGGUCAAUUUGCAGUUGCGGGCCGCGUCCGACCUAUCAAUCACAAGGGCAAGUAUUUCCAAGUGCCCGGACCGCACAUCUCAGAACCUUCGCCACAGCGAACGCCGUUUCUGUUCCAGGCCGGUACGUCCAAAGCCGGAACAGACUUUGGGGGGAAGCACGCCGAGGCUGUAUUCGUAGGGGGUCAGCUGCCGGAGCUGGUGCGCAAGUCCGUCGACGCCCUGCGAACGACAGCCAAGGAAAGCUUCGGCCGCGAUCCGUACCACAUCAAAGUUCUCGCGGGGAUGACGAUUAUUAUCGACGAGACGGACGAGAAGGCGAAGGCGAAGUAUGAAGAACUGCUCUCGUACGGUGACCGUGAGGGCGCUCUCGCGCUGUUUGGCGGGUGGACGGGGACGGAUCUCUCGGGGUACAGCGAUGAUGAGGAUUUGGUGCUGGUGGAUAAGCCGGCGAUUCGGUCGAUACUGCAUAGGUGGUCCAGCACGGUGCCGGGGACGGAUGGGCUGCGCUGGACGAAGACACGGGUUGCCGAGUUUUUGUGCAUUGGAGGCAUGAUGCCUAAGAUUAUAGGAAGUCCUAAGACCGUGGUUGAUGAGCUUGAGAGAUGGGCCGAGGUAGCGGAUCUGGACGGGUUCAACCUCGCGCACGUGACCAAUCCUGGUUCAUUUGAAGAUAUUAUCGAGUUUCUGAUCCCCGAGCUCAGGAGAAGGGGGCUGUUCAGAACCGAGGUCGAGCGCGAGGGGGCCACUGCGCGAGAAGUGUUUUUCGGACAGCCGCAUCUUUUAAGUGAUCACCCGGGAUAUCAAUUCAAAUGGCAGAUAUCUUGAUGAAAUGAAAUACAUAAAGUACGGUAUUUUUUAUUGGAAUACCUGCAUGGUGUCUGGGACUCUGGGUAGGUUGAUACAUGUAUGGAGUAUUGUAUGAAAAAA